CCUGGAAGCAGAGCAGAGCAGAAGAGCUGAGCAGGAAAAGGAAAACAUUUGAGUCCUAAACUGCUGCUGGUCUGUGUUGAUCUGCGUGUGAGACGGUUGUGUUUCUGCAGAACGACAAACUAAACAAGGAUCUGAUCUUUUGCAGCUUUUUGGGCUUCAGAAGGGUGUGGUUCUGCUCUGUGGUUGCUGUUACUCAUGCUGCUGCAGGCUGUUUGGUCGGAAUCCUCUGUCCUCAGGAUCUGAGCUGUUCAAUUCCCACUGCGACUAAAGAUGAGAUGUUCUGAGGAAGAGGAGGGAAACGAGCCCAAGUCCACCAAGACUGAUGGAUCCACAGAGCGGCAUCCAAACUUCAAAGCUGAAUCUGGAUCUUUGGACGCAGAGCGUCUUCAGGUCAAACAGAAAGUCCGUUCUUCAGCAUCCAGCUGUGAGUCCAUGAAGAGUGACCUCUCCAAGGAUCUACCUGUGAACUUCAGACAGGAACCUUCAUCUUCAGGCACACAACGUCUUCAGGUCAAACGGAAAGUCGGUUCUUCAGCAUCCAGCUGUGAGUCCAUGAAGAGUGACCUCUCAAAGGAUCUACCUGUGAACUUCAGACAUGAAUUUUCACCUUCAGGCUCACAUGUCCAUACUAAGAGGCAGAGGAUUGCUAUUUCUGUGGAGGAGCAGAUGUCCUGCUGUUCUCUGUGUCAGAACCUCCUGAAAGAUCCAAUCUCCACCAGCUGUGGACAUUGGUUCUGCAGAUGCUGCAUCACUUCAUCCUGGGACCAGUCUGCUCCAUCAGGACUCUGCUCCUGUCCUCAGUGUGGUGAUGUUGGACUGAAGGAGCCAUUAGAUGAACAUCAGAUCAGUUUGAGGAAGAGAUGUGAACAUGCAACUGAAGAAUCAGGAAAAGAAAUGCCCCUGAACCGGAUCUACACUGAGCUCUACAUCACAGAGGGACUGAGAGAAGAGGUCCAGACCCAACAUGAGGUGAGGCAGCUGGAGACCUCCUCCAAGACCAACAGGCGUCAUGAUGCUCCAAUCAGGAACCAGGACAUCCUGAAACCCUUACCUGACCAGCAUGGAUCCAUCAGAGUGGUUCUGACCAGUGGCGUUGCUGGAGCUGGAAAAAGCUUCUCGGUGCAGAAGUUCACUCUGGACUGGGCCGAGGGCUCGGAGAACCAAGACAUCAGUGCUGUGGUUCCUCUGUCCUUCAGGGAGCUGAACUUGAUCAGAGACCAGCAGCACAGUCUUCUCUCUCUGAUCCAGCUGUUCCAUCCAACGUUCCAGAAGAUCCCAGCAGAGCAGCUGUCUGUCUGCAAACUUCUCUUCAUCUUUGACGGUCUGGAUGAAAGCAGACUUUCUCUGGACUUCAGCAACAGUCCGGCGGUGUCUGAUGUCACACAGACGUCCUCAGUCAACGUGCUGCUGAUAAACCUCAUCCAGGGACGUCUGCUGCCCUCAGCUCUGGUCUGGAUCACGUCCAGACCUGCAGCAGCCAAUCAGAUCCCUGCUUCAUGUGUGGACAGACUGACAGAAGUACGAGGCUUCAAUGAUGCUCAGAAGGAGGAGUACUUCAGGAGGAGGUUCCCAGAUGAAGAGCAGUCCAGCAGAAUCAUCUCCCACAUCAAGACCUCCAGGAGCUUUCACAUCAUGUGUGAGGUUCCAGUCUUCUGCUGGAUCACUGCUGUGGUUCUGGAGAACAUGGUGUCCAUAGAGCAGGGAGCAGAGCUGCCCACCACCCUGACUGACAUGUACUCCCACUUCCUGAUGGUCCAGACAAAGAGGAAGAAGAACAAGUACCAGCAGGAACAUCAGACAAGUCCACAAGAGCUGGCAGAGGCGGACAGGGAAGUUCUUCUGAAGCUGGGGGGGCUGGCAUUUGAACAUCUGGAGAAAGGAAACAUCUUGUUCUACCAAGAAGACCUGCAGCAGUGUGGUCUGGACCUCACCGAGGCCUCGGUGUACUCUGGAGUUUGUACUGAGAUCUUCAGAAGAGAGUGUGGAAUCUUCCAGAAAGCGGUCUACAGCUUUGUUCAUCUGAGCGUUCAGGAGUUUCUGGCUGCAGUCUACAUGUUCCACUCUUACUCCAACAGGACCAAUAAACUAGAAACCUUCCUAAGGAAAUCUAGCUUUGUCACAAACGAACAUGGAAAUGACUCAAACAUCUCAUCUCUGGAUGAGUUUCUGAGUAGAGUCAUGGAGAAAUCCCUGCAGAGCAAAACUGGACAUCUGGACCUUUGUGUUCGAUUCCUUCAUGGCCUCUCUGUGGAGUCCAACCAGAGGCUCUUAGGGGGUCUGCUGGGUCAGACGGACCAGAGUCCAGAAACCAUCCAGAAAGUCACCAACAAUCUAAAGAAGAUGAACAGUUUCAAAGUGUUUCCUGACAGAAGCAUCAACAUCUUCCACUGUCUGAUGGAGAUGAAAGACCUCUCAGUUUAUCAAGAGAUUCAAAAGUUCCUAAAGUCAGAAAAGCGAUCAGAGGAGGACCUCUCAGAGAUCCACUGCUCCGCUCUGGCCUACAUAAUGCAGAUGUCAGAAGAAGUUUUGAAUGAGCUGGACCUGGACACGUACAACACGUCAGACGAGGGCCGUCGGAGGCUGAUCCCAGCCGUGAGGAACUGUAAAACCUUCAGACUCUCCAACUGUGGACUCUCAGAGAGUGAAUGUGAAGUGGUGGUUUCAGCUCUGAACUCCAACCCGUCUCAUCUGACCGAACUGGACCUGAGUAACAACCAGCUGACAGUUUCAACAGUCAAGGUUCUGUGUGCUGGACUGGAAAGUCCAAACUCCAGACUGCAGAUUCUGAGGUUGGAGAGCUGCAAUUUGUCAGGUCUCUGCUCUGAAAUCCAACCCGUCCCACCUGACAGAACUGGACCUGAGUGGGAACAAAGACCUGUAUGAUUCUGGAGUGAAACACUUCUGUGGUCUUCUGGAGAGUCCAGAAUGCAGACUGAAGUCUCUGAGGCUGGACGACUGCGGCUUGUCUAAAGCCAGCUGUGACGCUCUGGUCUCAGCUCUGAGGUCUGCUGGGAACCACCUGACAGAACUGGAUCUGAGAGGGAACAGACUGCAGGACUCAAAUGUUCGGCCGCUCCAGGACCUGAUGAAGAGUCCGGACUGCAACCUGUGCACCUUAAGAUGGAAGUACUGGCACUGAUCGGGUCGUGUGUUCUGACAACCAAAGUUGCAGCUCGUCUGUUCAGGAGGAGCAAAGAGAUGAAGCAGAGGAGGUGAAGAAGACUACGCUGGAGGAAAUGGUUUAUUUCUGGCCAUCAAAGCAAAAAAA